AUGACGGCAGCAGUCCUUCGUAGUUCGCCGAACCUCGCAGUCCCGCAGACUCAAAAUACCGCUCCAGUCUUCGAAUUCAACUGCCUCUAUACGCAUGAUUUACGUCGCAAGCAAAAGCGAUGGCAGGAUGGCUUUCUUCGAUACCACACCUUCAACAAGCGUGUCAUGGUCUACGACGUUCCUAGAAAUUUCCUCGGCGACCUUCACUGGACUAGCGGCGAUGACUUGCAAGAGGGGGAUGAGAUGACCCUGGAAAAAGGUGGCAUCAUGGUCGAAGUCUCUGAAAGAAUAGGCACCAUCCAGACCGACCUCUCCGACUUGCUCCAACGAAAGGACAAGACCCCAGCCAAAACACCUGCUCCACGAACAAUCGUGCGCCAUGGAACUCCGCUUUCAGCUGCUCAGUCGGUCACCCCCAGAACUCCACAUGGAAUCUCCAAGACGCCGAUGAAACACAAGUCACUCAAUGCUCUGCUUGGAAGGUCAAGGCGGCCCAUAGGGAAGGCCUCUUUGCCUACAGAAUCUCCAUUUGAAGUACGAAAUAGAGACUUGCAGACCACAGAAGCUCAGGAAGAGAGCAUCCGCAAACGCUCAAGGCUCGACUCUGACGUACAGGCACGCAAAGCGAAAAAGCAUCGUGAUCAGACCCCUGAAGGGCAGCAACAAAAUCCAAUUGCCAUCCCGAACCAAGUUUGCCAAGUUAUUGAUCUGUCUUCUGACACGGAGGACAUCGCUGCAGCUCAAGCCGCCAGUCAUGCUAUUGAGGCUGAAUUGCUAGCCACAUCCUCUCCUGCUCGUUUGCACGAAAGUCCCGCUCCUAGGCAAGUACGUCCAAAUCACUUUCGUCCGAUCGACAGACGGCCGGCAGCCAUACAACAGGCGGCCGUUGAGUCGCCGUCAGUCAGAGUACCAAGUCGGAAGGCGUUUGCAGAUGUGCCUGCUCCUGCCGCUGCAACUGCUCGGCCUGCGAAGGAGACUAGUGUUUCGCGAGAUACUGCCAAAACGAAAGCCAUCGAAAUGCCUGCCGACGAUUCUAUUCGGAAAAGUUCAUUUUUUGGACCCGAGCCUGAGUCUCAAGCACGCGGGAAAUCCUUGAAGCUUGUUGGCGGAGUCCCGCGAAAGAUGCUGCUUUUUCAGUCGCAAAACUCUCGUCCGGCAAGCUCUGAGAAAGGAGCGGAAUGCGUGGGCCGUGACAGAGCUCCGAGCACACGGCGAGAGGCAAGUCCCGGCCAACCCAAGGUGGCGCCUAGACCUGUUCAGGCUACGAGUGAACCUACAGCCGACCAACUCCCAGAAGAAAGUGUCUUCCAACGACGACUGCAAGAACGACUCGCAAAACUUAGCAACAAGAACAAACGGACCGGCCUGCAAAGGAGUUCUUCCGACGUGACCGAGCAACGGCCUGCUAACGACAAGGCUCCGAGCACGACUGGUUUGAGGAAGACGACUUCUGUUGUCAUGUCAAGACUGGAUUCACCAGAAGACCCAACACUGACCGACUUCGCCUUCCCCGACAUGACUCCAAUGGACUUCGACGACCCUAUCGUCGACGACUCAGUUGCACAGCCACCGACGCGGAAAAGCAACGAACCGGUCGGCAAGGCUCCAAGGCCAAACGGCAGGGGAACUGGUACUAUCAGUGCUAGAUCUUUCAAGCCUUUGACUGUCAAGCUCCCUGCAGCCCCUUCAGCUCCUACAGCCCCCGCCGACCCUGCAGCUUCUGUGAUAACAUCCAAAGCUGCACAGAUGAUAGCAGCUGAAGAAAAGAAGAAUCAGGAUAUUGGACCAUGGAGUAAGGAGGCUUUCGACCUGAUGGACUGGAGACCGCCGAACAUGCAAGCCAAGGUCAGCAAAUCGGUAUGA